GUCCUGGCCUGUCUAGACCGAAUUAUUUUAUGCAGCUACAAGAGAAAGACACUUUAUUGUCACGUUUGCAUGGGUUCUGGCUUGCUGGCUGCUCAGAGCCGCUUCAGUUCAGUGCCCUGCCCGAGACUCUGUCUUCCAUCCCAAUCCUAUUAACACAUUGGGUUCGGUGCUCGAUAUGCUCACGACUACCCAGCUUCAGGUAGAGCAUAUUGCCCGGAGCAAGAACAGACCCAAUGGAUGAACAACCUCUAGGUGCUCUACAGUAUGGGCACUUGGGACGACCGACAUAUAAUCCCGAAACCCAGACUUGGCUGUUUCCACGAACAUUGGCCUCAAAUCUUCCCCUGAAGUAUGCCGGGGUUAACAAACAUACCGUCAAAUCCCCUUCGACUGCAUCUCAGACAUCGCUGAUCGAGAACAAGGGCCUCCUGCCUCAGGUCUAUCCGGAGCUUGCGGCCUGUUGGCCUCUUGCGUCGGACGAAAAUACCUCGCAUAUCAUCACGACAGCUAGCGAAAUAUGCGAUCCCUCGGUUUCGGCCCUUCUGGAUUUCGGUUACGCCGUAGAUUUGGAGAAUGGCGAGUCGGGGACCCGCGGGGUACCAAUCGCGGUCAUUGCAUCAGGAGAGUGCGGGAAUGUUGUGUCCUUUCGCAAACUCGAAGAGGAUGCGAUUGAGUUGAGACAAGAAGCAACAGCCAGAGCGCGCGUGCCCUCUAUCGGAGAUAUCGAAAAAGCCGACUGGUUCGUGGGAGGUGCAGCCAUUCGGCAGAUCUGUUUCGCUCGAACAGUGGAAGAGCAGGCGACAUGGAUAGCAGUUCGUUCACCUCAAUUCACGGUUAUCUUCAGACCGCAGUAUCACAGGAAUCCCGUUCCUACACCAGUUGCUCGACUAAGUGAUUAUACAUUGUCGAAUGAAUGCCGCAUGUCUCGCCUUGAUGCCAACAUGGUGGUCGAAAUUUCGACCUCGCAAACUGGGGGGUUUGCACAUGCAGACGUGACCUUCAAUCCUUGGUAUCAGAAACAACUUGGCAUUGUUGAUGUGCGAGGCAGAUGGAGUGUAUGGGACGUGUCUGGUCGCUACAAUAAGAAUAAAAGUAGUUGGAUGACUACAUGCGUUAGAAAUGGUUCAUUGCCAUGGCUCGAUAUCGAUGAGGGUCAGGGCGAUGACCGCCCCCGUCAUGAUGGAUGGGCGGCUAUUGAAUGGGUGGGAGAUGUUAACAGCUUUAUUGUAUGUGACCGGCGCUGCCCGAUGUUAUAUCGGACGCGAGACGGUCAGGUAUACCCAUACUCCAUUGAGCUCGGCUUGAAGAGGAAGUCUGAAUGGAUAUUAGACGUCAAACGAAGCGCCAGCAACGUCUCACAUGUCUUCAUCCUGACAACAUCUCGGAUCUUCUGGCUGGCUCUUGCGCCCGAAUCUGGCUCAGAAACUAGCGAUUCACGACCUGCAGUAUUCCCUCAAAUGUCAUGGCGUCAUUUUCGGGAUCCCGAAGACACGACAAUGCGGCUUGAUCCUUUUCUUAUACAUGAAGAUUUUUAUCUCAUCCUCUACUCACAACUGAAUCCUUUUACACUCGUCUUCCCCUGUUCUUAUGUACGCGAUACCGAAGCAGAGACAUUAACUUUACACGACCCAUCGAUGUUAGACAUCCCACCGUCUGAUAUCCCUUCAGAAUACCAGCUAUCACCCAACAGUACCCAGUUUUCCACGCUUGUAAUGAGAGAAACCAGUCACCUCUCAUUGCCAGUCCGCAACAAAUCUCACGACUGCAGAGCCAGCAUUUUGAAGCUUUUCGCAUUAGACUCGCAUCUCUCUGUACAUGAAUCAGUCUAUGUCGGAUUUGCCCGUAACAGUGCCGCAGUCGGGGACUCACUACCCAUAGAUGUCUUGAAGGCUAAAAAGCGAGCUCCAGGGAUGUCACGGACUCGGUCAACUACCUUCCACGAUGACUUCAUAACGCACGAUUGGGACGAGACGGCUUCGCGAAGUGGCGUCUUGACCUUAGAUGCUGCAAUGUCCAGUAUCACACCACUUGCUUUUCCGCAGUGGACGCUUGAUUAUACUCAGAUCUACGCCGUGGUAACUGGCAGGUUGGGGCUGGGAUCGAGCAGGAAGGGCGCUGACAAACGUAUCGGCGAUAGCCUCAAUAAUAUGGUCCAACAGCUAGACAGGCUACUUGCAGAUGCCGAGGCUAGUGACAGGUUCAAAAAUCAGACAGGGCUUGAGCUCCUUGGUAGCGGCCUAGCCUUGGAUAAUCUUGAUCAAAAUGCCCAAGAAUGGACUUCUUUCUGGUCACGCACUGCCCACGGCCGCUCAGGUCUUCUCAACUACGUCUAUACCACGAUUCAAGCCUCUAGUACCUUCAGUACGAUUACUUCUCAAUCCUCUACAAAGGCCGAUUUGAUCCAACCACUUAGUCCUUUAACACUAUAUGAUGAAUUGGUGAACGAAUGGCUUGGUUAUCUACCUCACGAUAUACCCGGGCGCACAAGGAUCAUGAAAGAACAAAUCAUCCGAGGCGUGGUAGCCGAUCUAAUCCUAGCACAAUUCAGCAUCCGAGGCGGGAUAGGACAUGGUUCCAGGGAUUCUGAACGAGCAGAUUCUGUAGUUCCAUCUUCGUCUGCGGCAAUACUAAAUGAGAAUGAGGAGAGCCUAUCCGCUGCUUUGCCUGGGGAGGACAACAAGAGUGCACCCAGCAGUAGCAGGACGAGCAGGAAGAAUCGAGAGCCAGACGUGAAUGAGCCUGAACCGCAAGCGAAUAUAUGGCCAGUGUACUCUAGUCUAUCGGCUUUUACCAGCUUCAAGAGCGAUCAGGUAUUGAAUUCCGGCACAGCAAGCAUGCUACAACACUGGAGACCUGGAGUCAACCCCGCCGACUAUAGCUGGCAAAGGCAUGUAGCAGGGGCUCAGGGCAUGACGGCCACUACUCCCAAGCGGCGGCAUUCACGGAGAAGGACGACACCGUUGCAUGGAAGUCAACAAGCUGGCUCGACUCCUCUUCCCAUUCCUAUCGUCCCAGCCGACACUACUCGGACUUGGGGAAGCCAGCCGGAACACCUUGAGCCGCCCAGUCUCCAAUUGCACAGCAGUCAGAUGGCGGACCAGAAUGUCUCAAUGACACAAAUCGAGCGCGGCAUGUUUGGUGGUCGAGAGGCGGGGCGGAGAACCGUGGCGAAGGCGAGGAAGAAGAAGCGGGCGGCGGGCUUCUAGGGAAUGAUGAAGCUGUCAUCUGCGAAUUUAUCAUCUCAUGUAACUUACAUAUUAUAGUUAAUUCUGACUCAGGCACGGUAUUUGCCAGGA